AUGUCACGAGAAACGAGACAUUGCUCUGACCGAAGCUGUCUUGUCCGAUUCAUCAACAUACAGCGUAGCGACGAUAAGCCGAUACAGGCAGGAGUGCAACAAUCUUCAAGAGAACGUGAAGAAGCGAAGUUCCUCGACCGUGACAGCAACGGAAUAAAGCAUCGUGACGACUUGAAUUCGACGGCUGAUGUUGGUAGACGUCGUUGGUGCCACGUGCCCAUCUUCGUUGACUGUCCUUGCCCACUGUCGUCGACCGUCCUUGCCCAUUUUCGUCGAUCGAACCUGAAAGUAGAGGAAUACGGCGACAAUGUGUUCCCACUUGGCAAACACAGCGGUAAAGGGCUAAACAAAGCGGCAACUUGUGGGACGCAGCGAAAUGAUAAGAUUGAAGAAACUAGAUUUGAUGUCUCAAAACGAAAUGGCGCAACAAGAUCAGUCUCCGAACCUCGAAGCACCCAGCAACAUCAUCUCACCCUUUUCUCGAAGGAUGUUGUUGCCCCGUCGCUGGGACAGCUGAAGCCGCUUGCGACGAAGGAAGACUUGACAACCUUCUCUUUGAUGCGUUGCAUCUGCGGUAAUAACUUACUUGCGGUAACGUCCGAAGACGGUGGCGGUAAUGGACCCUGA